AUGUCUUCCCCGAAUUCAAACUUCUUUCCAGUCAUAAUUGUUGGAGCAGGUCCGGUUGGCCUGAUUACCGCGGUAAACUUGGCAAAGCUCAAUGUGCCAGUACUGAUACUAGAAAGAAACCACCAAGUCGACCAAUCACCCCGCGCAGCUGUUUACCAGCCUUGUGCACAGGCGGAGCUGCUCGAGUCUGGCACACUCGAUGAUGUCCGGAAGGAGUCCGUUCUCAAUGAUGUCAUGACUUUUUGGAAGAACAAGGAAAGGGUCGCUUCCAUCACCAAGACGCAAGAUGCUGAUGUGUUCCCUGCCGGACUCAAUUGCCCGCAACCCAAGCUAGCCAAAAUCUUGGUCGACCAUCUCCUCAAGAAAUACAACGCUGAGAUCAAGUUCUGCCAGAAGGUCAUUCGAAUCAAUUCCGACGCUGGUCAAGAUACAGUCGAAGUUGUGACUCUGGACACCAAUACGAACCUCGAGAUCAGAUACACGUGCCACUGGCUGGUAGGGGCUGACGGGGCUGGAUCAACCGUUCGCAGACUCUCCGACAUUACAUUUGACGGCUUUUCUUGGCCCAAGGAAGACUUUGUCGCGACCAAUGUACGCUUCGAUUUCAUGAAGCAUGGCUUUUCGACCGCCAACUUUAUCAUGGACCCAGUGCACUGGUCUGUCGUAUGCAUUCUCGAUGACGCUGGUCUUUGGCGCUGUGCCUUUGGUGUCAAGGCGGGAAUGACCAACGAUGAGAUUCGAUCCGAGAUCGAUGAGCACUACAAGCACAUUUUCCCAGUAUGGCCUGCCGAAUAUGAGCUCGUGGAGCUGAACAAGUACAAGCCUCAUCAGAGAUGUGCCUCGACUUUCAAGAAAGGAAGAGUUUUGCUGGCGGGAGAUGCUGCUCAUAGCAACAACCCUAUUGGAGGGCUGGGCUUGACUACAGGCCUCUUGGAUGCGGGACCCCUGGGCCGCGCCCUUGGUGCCGUGAUUAACGGUCGAGCACCAGAAGACCUUCUUGACUACUGGGCGAACGCGCGUCGCGACAAGUGGCUCACUUUCACAAAUGCAUUCUCGAUUGAGAAUAAAAGGAUGAUCCAGAUGGGGGGAUACAGUGAGGAUCCUCUUGGCAUAUGGGCCGAUGAUGAAGUCGCAAAAGAACAUAACAUGGAGAAGUGGGUAAGGACGGCAACUCCGGAGAAGAGACGUGAGGACACUCAGUUCCACGAGUCCCUUGCAGACCUCCAUAACCAGGAUAUGGUCCACGUGAGGCAAUGGAGCAUCACCCUUGAUCCUCGGUGGAUGGAGGAGUACGAGGAUCCAGAGGUGGUGAAGUACAGAAUUUCGCUUCGGCCAGAUAGACCCUAA